AGGGGCAGGGACCUCAAGCCUACCGGUACUUUAGGGCGCAAACCAUGGAAUUCAACAUCUCCCGACUCGCGUCGAGCGGCAGCAAAGCUGGCAAAUACAGAUAUAAUGCCCGCACCGUGUGCCACCCCUACUUUACGAGUACUUGUAUCUGUACUUUAUCCACGGAUACCGGAAAACCAGAAUAACCUCGCAUCAAAUACCGGUGCCCUUGCAUAAGUCACAGUCUUGGCAAACCUAUCAUGCCACGCUUCAACCGCACCUCUAUUCCUCCUCACCCAAACAUGGCCCGAGCCUGGACCCGCGAUAAAGAGCAAGCUUCCUCCGCUGAAGACCAGAUCCCCGAAACACCUCCCGAGGGUGUCGAGAUAUAUACAGAUGACAAUCCACCUCCGGGACCUAUAUUUAAGUGAGUUUUCCACCCACGGUCUGUGUUUCGCUCCUUUACGCGAAUCCUGGCUCUCGUCGCGGCUAUUGGCUGAACAGAGUGUUUCGCAAGUUACUGGUGCCAGAGGUACAGUCUAUUCACCCGCUACGACGAAGGCGUCUGGAUAACGCGGAGCGGAUGGUUCGAAGUGACCCCUGAGAAGGUUGCCAGGUAAAUUCAACUAGAAGCCGCAGACUUUCACCUCCCUCUUCCAUCUCUCUCCUCUACCCCCGCUUCUUCCCCUCUAACAUCCACCCCAGGAAGAUAGCCGACCACGUGCUUCACAGCCCGGUCGAGACGGUCCUCGACGUGUUCUGUGGUAUCGGCGGUAACGCGAUUCAGUUCGCCCUCUCUCCUUCCUGCAAACGCGUGAUCGCAGUGGAUAAGGAUCAGACGGCGAUAGACUGCGCGAGGCACAAUGCGAGGAUAUACGGCGUGCUGGAUAAGAUUGAGUUUAUCGUCGACGAUGUUUUCCGGUUGAUCGAGGAGCGGGAUCCGAGACUUGCGGCGGAUGCAGUGUUCAUGUCGCCGCCCUGGGGGGGUCCGAGCUAUCGGAAUUUUGGCGUGUUCGAUUUGGAUGCCCUGGAGCCUUAUUCGGGGUAUGUCCCGCCUCCUUCGUUCCUUUUCUGGGGAUGCGCUGAUGGGGUUGAGGGACAGGGCGCAUUUGGUCGAGCAGGCACAAAAGAUUUCGCCCAACUUUGCUCUCUACUUGCCCAGAACUUCAGAUCUGAACCAAAUCGCGAAGAUGGUGCCCGGUCCUAGGGUCCAGGCUAUCCAUUACUGCGUUCGGCAGAGGAGUAAGGUGCGGGAUAUCCUUUGACGCCUUGACGUUUUUUCGGUGCAAUUGACUCACUGGUGGAGUGGAACUCGAUCUAGGCCCUGACGGUAUAUGCGGGGUGCUUAUCAAAAGUAUAGGUAUUGCUUCUAGACUAUCGAUUGGACGGAGAAAGGAUUCACGUGGGACUUGGGCACACGGAUAUCAUGGUUAGGUGCGGAAUGAGUAGGGAUGGACAUAUGGCCACAUAGUUUAGCGUUAAACGGGCAAGCAUGAUGUAAUACAAAUGUCCCAUAAGAACCACCGUACUGUACAGUAGCAUGUAAUCCGGCGAUACUCCGCCGACGAUGGGGUGGUGUUUGCCCCUCCUAUCCAAACCCAAUAACUCGAGCCGCCCCAUCGCCCAGGCAUGAUAUAGCAUUUAGACCCCAAGUGCUCGUAGAAGGGGAGGGGGAGACACUAUACAGUACGAGCACGCUACAAUGAUAUUGUGCGUCAAUUAAUCCUAAGAGAUGGCGCGAUCGACAGCUAUUGUUACCAAAUGGGCAUUGCUUCCUUCCCCCAAUGAUCCC